GACUGAGGUCCUCCUCCAAAAUAUAGCCAGAGACAGACAACACAAGUCAGCUCCACCAGCAGCAGCUCCAUGAUUACAGGCCGUGGGAGCUCUUUAACUCAGGUAGUUUGAGGUCCUUCACGUUACUGCACAGCACAUUGGAUCAGUUUGAUAACGACACAAAGCAAGAGCGAUGAGUCAGGCGGAGCAGGUGCCUGAGGACAUGCCUGCAUACCUCAACGAUGAGCCAGUAGCUACAGAUGACAACAACAAGGACCAUCCUCAGGCGCAGCCGGGCAUCUUCGGGAGGGUAGCGGGGGGCCUGUAUGGCGCCACCAAGGGAGCCUUAGGAGCGACGGUGGGCGGUGUGACCUGGAUAGGAGGAAAGAGUCUCGACCUCACCAAGACCACCGUCAGCUCUGUAGCCGCUCUGCCUGGGUAUGGAGUGGGCCUGGUUAAGGGAGGAGUGUCUGCUGUUGCUGGAGGAGUGUCUGCUGUCGGCUCUGCAGUGGUCAGCAAAGUUCCCAUAGGAGGAGGGGGAGGCAAAAAGAAGGACAAGUCCGACUGAUGGCGGGAGGAGAGUGAACGCACACAGCUGAGGUUUUAUGGCUCGCACUGUGUUGUGCCUGUUAGCAUUCAUGAGCCGGCAAAGAGCAACAGAGGACUCAAAAGUUUAGCAUACACACUUUGGUGAGGGGUGUUUGUGUUUUUUUUUUUUCUUUUAGUUUUUGUUUUUGAAAGUGAUUGUUGGUAAACCCACAUUCAUACUCUUAAUGUGGCUCGGACCCACAAAGCAAGAACUAACAAAGACUCUCCUGCUCUGUUGUUAAAGGAAUUACACCAUUAUCACCAGUGCCUGAACAUGUUCAAAUAAAAUGUCAAUGUUUCAUUUUUGAUAAGAAGCGACGACACUGUUUUCCCUGCAAACUGUUGCACCUGUCACAUCAGUUAACUUGAAAAGCUCAGAGUGUAAAUGCACUUAAAUUUCAAAUUGCAAGACAAUCACUGAUCGAUGAUGAUCUCCGACUGAUGAGGAGGUGUUUCACUGUCAACUGACAAACACAUGGAUCAGAAAAUGCGUCCAGUGUGACUUAAUCACCUCUCUGCUCAGUUCCGCUUGCACAAAUGAGCCACUACAUCUGAUCAAAGAUGUGAUCUGACAAGUAAAGUCCAGUUUAAUAUCAAAACCACCUGCUGGCUGGUGAUGGGCAGACCGACUCUUGUCACAGGAUCGGUUCUUUUGAGUUGAUGCGUGUAAAUGUGUCAAACCUUUUGAACUUUGACACUUUUUCGAAAAUGUGUCAGCUUCUCCAUGACACUUAAUCAUAGGACAUGCACGUUUGACAGCUAGUGCUGCCCGCCCCACAAAAAUCUUCAACGCAUUACCAGCCAUUGAGUUUAAAUUUAUCAAGAUAAAAUGCAUUAAUCAUCCACCUGUAUGUAGGUAGGCUAUGAAGUCGUUCUCUGAUCAUGUUUUAUGGCUCAUCUGGUCCGUUUACCUUUCUCAUUGCUAUCAAGGUGUUGGUGAGCAAUAAAAAACAACACAUCUUCUUUGUAACAUCUAUUUUGUUUCCACAAUACACCUUAAAUGCAUGAAUACACCAAAGUCAGAAGAAUGAGCAUUUGAGGGGCACAUGAAUGCGCAGUCUUGACUCGAGUCUGAUUCAAUCGCAUCUUGUUCACUCACUGUAGCAGGCUGUGUGAUCAGAACCCUACAAUAACAGUGUGUGUUAAAAAUCAGGGAUUCAUGAGCACUCAAAUGUUUGACAGGCUGACCCAGUACGUACCGGACACUAAAAAGAGUCAUUUGAUUCAAUUAGUUUGUUCGGUCUCACCCAUCACUGCUGCUGGUUGUGAAGAGUUCACUGGUGAACUGGUUUUCCUCUGCAGUCACGUCGCCCUCUGGUGGUUACAUCCUCACCUCAGUAGGAGGUGACUUGUACUAUUGAUACAGAAUCUGAUUCACAAUGAAAAAUUCAGAGUAUUUUGAUUGCAAUGAACUUCAUUUUCAUUCACAGUGUUAACUGAUUCACUAUGACUAAACUAGUUGAGUACAUGUUCAGUGAAUGACAUUUUGUACAUGACAGUUAUUUUGGAUAACUAUAUAUUUUGAUUUUUACUGUGACAUGUUCGUCAGUGUCACACCCAAAUCAAAGUAUGUUAGCACCUCUCCUUCGGACACAGAAGCUUCAUAAGGGCAUAAAUCUCUCAAAGCAUCAGUUCUCAACCCUAACGCUCCUCCAUAUUGCUCAGUGUCACUGUGUUUACUGUUGUAGGAAUCUGAUGGCUGGAUUUCCUGACAUUACUUUCUGAAUUUCAAGUGUCAAGUACAUUUUUAAGCUGACAAACCUGUACAUUUAGAUAAGAAAGGCCUUUUUUGUAAAUCUACCUUUUGCUGUAAAAUGCCAUUUAAGUCUUGUUUGAUGCAGAACUGAGCUUUCAGAGCUUUUAUCAGUGUUGCAGAAUGUUUGGAAGUUUGCUGAACGAUGAGAAUUUAUUGAAACAUGGCAAUAUUAUAUUCAGAAGUUGUUUGAAUAAAAAAAUAUGCUGAAGGC